AUCCACACAAUUACGUUGGCAGAUAUUGUGGGCAAUGUUCGAUCCAUUGACCCUGUAGUAGCACAACCGCCAGCUCACCAGAUAAUAGAGGGAUCCCAUGUACCAAACCCAACGAGGCCAUAUUGCUUCACCCAGCAAACAACUGUCAUAACUAAGAGGAAGUAGAAUUGAAACAUGCAAUUGCAUAUAGAGUGACAUUUGGAGAUAGCAAUCAAAAUGUAUUGCAACUUCCUUAGAAUAGGAGGAGGACAGUUUUGGUUAACUAGGAAGUAGAGAGCCAGUCUUUCAUUGCACUGGGUUAGUGUUGUUCAGUUUCCUCAAUCUCUGCCAUGGCUCUUCAUCUCAGUAUUCUUCUCAUCCUCACUGGACUCACAGGAGUUCACAACAAGGUAACCACCGUCAGUAAAGUUUCGGUGAAGGCUAGAGGUUCUAUCACCAUCCCAUGUCUCUAUGACCCAAUGUACAGAAACAACGUGAAGUACUUGUGUCAAGGUUACACUUUUUUCAAUUGCGUUGUUGUAGUUAAACAAACAACAACACAUAGUUCAGGAAAGGAUUUGAUCUGUGAUCACAAAUCCCAGAGAAUCUUCACUGUAACUAUUAAAGAUCUAAGGAUCAAGGACGAACAUUUCUGGUGUAGUGUGGAGAUCAAAAAUGGAGCAGAUGAUGGAUCGCGAUUUCAACUGUCGGUCACCAGUGGUUUGCCUGAUCUUUAUGUGGAUCAUCAGGAAAUCAGUGGAUUCAUUGGAGACAGUAUAACCAUCAGUUGUAACUACAGCAUUGCUGGAGAGAUUAAGUGGUGCAAAUUGGGCAGGAGCUGUGUGACGGGGCAGUCGGGAGCAAUAGAUGGAACAAACGUAACCAUAGACUCCGGGGGCCCUGAUGUUUUCCAUGUGUCUAUGAGAGGACUGUCAACAGGAAGCAUUGGCUGGUAUUUAUGCGUUAAAGGAGACUUGCAGAUGCCAGUGCAUGUCAAUGUUACUGAGAAACUCACCACUACCACUCUUGCAACAACCGGAUUGAGCACUGGAGGCCAAACACAGCACAGCAGCUCUGUAGACCUAAACUGCCUCAUCAUCACUCUGAGUUUGUUGAUCGUCAUUGUGCUCGUGACCUUGUUCGUCUGGAUUAUGUUGAGAAAGCACAAGCAAAACAAGCCAGAAUCAUCAGCGUUCACAACGGCUGAAGCGGAUGCAACGUACUGCAAUGUUAAACCCAAAAUGAAGACUUCAGUGAAGUGUGAAGAGGAAGUACUGUACUCGACUGUUGGGUUCAAAUCAUCAGACCAGAGACCAUGUGCUGAAACUGACGUGGACGCGUUGUACAGUUCUGUGGUUACCACUAAACACAAAAGAGUAAAACAGGCUAAAGCACAAGAUACAGAUGUUUCAUACAGCACGUUGGCUAUGACCGGCCAAAAUUCUUGAACGGUUCUGUAUCUGUAAAUCACAAUUAAUGUGUUUUUUUCCAGGAUUUACUGCAGCAAUUAGUUUUAAACUGUUAUUGCUUUUAAGUGCUGUAGAUUCUUUCUAUUUUUUUCUAGCAUUCCCUGACUAAAAAACACCAAGAAGCAUUGGCCUGUUUGUUUGAUAAUGGUAUAAAUAAUUAAACAUUAAACAAUUAAACACAUUUAGCAAGUAACACAGUCAAAUGAAUUACGGAUUAUGUAUUGCUUAAUUCCUGAGGCCGCCAGACCGGUGGUCGGCACGUGGCCGUCCUUCUAGUUAUCUAUCUAUCUAUCUAUCUAUCUAUCUAUCUCUCUAUCUAUCUAUCUAUCUAUCUAUCUAUCUAUCUAUCUAUCUAUCUAUCUAUCUAUCUAUCUAUCUAUCUAUCUAUCUAUCUAUCUAUCUAUCUAUCUAUCUAUCUAUCUAUCUAUCUAUCUAUCUAUCAAAAGCCUAUAAUCCCAUUGUUUGUACAGUGUUUAUAAGAUGUUGUCUGUAACUAAAUGUGAUUUCAAUUGUAGUGGCCCAUUUAAAAAUAAAUGAGAAGGUACAUCCGCUUUUGGAGAAC